CCAUUCAUUCUUUUGAGUUGCUUUUUCGUUUUACGAUUUAAUCCAAAAUCGCAAGGAAUUUGUCAUCUAAGCAUUAUUAGCGUGUAAUAAUACGCUUCUACAAGCAGCUGACUUUAAAAAAUCCAUUUUGUGAAGACUCGGUGCGAGCAGUGCAACAGCUCGACCGUCUGACGUGCUCGUGCCGUGAGAUCGUAUCGUACUUCCAGUGAUGCUUCCCUUUUACGUUAUCGGUCGCGACGUUCGCUUUGCGAGUGCCUGAUGGUGUGGAAACUAUGUGCGAAUAACAACUUAAGUAAUCAGAGAGAGGACUCAGUAUGGGGGCGUUUUUGAACAAGCCCGAGACUAAGAAAUAUAACGAGAACGGAGAAGGAAACGGUCUUCGCUAUGGCGUGGCGUCGAUGCAAGGUUGGCGCGUGGAGAUGGAAGAUGCCCACCACGCGCAGUGCACUCUAAACGGAACUUUAUCAGAUUGGAGCUACUUCGCGGUGUUCGACGGUCACGCGGGCGCGCGAGUGUCAGCACACUGCGCCGACAACCUGCUGGAAUGUAUCUUACAGACGGACGAGUUUCGACGCGAGGAGAUCGCGGAAGCGAUCCGGGCUGGUUUCCUGGAUCUAGAUAAGAAGAUGCGCGAGCUUCCCGAGCUGUCAAACGGCGAGGAGAAGUCGGGCUCCACCGCCGUGUGCGCGUUCGUGUCACCUAAACAAAUAUACAUAGCUAAUUGCGGAGAUUCGCGCGCUGUGCUCGCUCGUAACGGUCAGCCUAUAUUUGCUACGCGAGAUCACAAGCCGGAGCUACCAUCUGAGAAGUCGCGCAUAGUUCAAGCUGGUGGUUCAGUAAUGAUCCAACGUGUAAAUGGGAGCUUAGCUGUGUCACGAGCGUUGGGAGAUUAUGAAUACAAGAAGGUGCUGGACCGGGGUCCGUGCGAGCAGCUAGUGUCCCCAGAGCCAGAGGUGUCGACUCAUGAGCGGUCAGAGGCGGAGGAUGAGUUCCUGGUGCUGGCAUGUGACGGAGUGUGGGAUGUGAUGAGUAACGAGGCACUGUGUGCCUACGUCCACUCACUACUGCAGUUGACGGAUGACCUGGUGGCUGUGACCAACCAAGUUAUUGAUACCUGUCUUUAUAAGGGCAGCAAAGACAACAUGAGUAUCGUGCUGGUGACCUUCCCCGCGGCGCCCAAGCCCAGCGCGGAGGCCCAGCGCGCCGACCGCGAGCUCGACGAGACGCUCCGGCAGCGGCUGACAGCCUUGAUCGAGAAAAGCGCCGGCAGCGAGGAGCGCGAAGACACGGCCUGCCACUUCUCGUGGGUGCUGAAACAGCUCGCCCGCGAGAAUAUCCCUGGGCUGCCUCCCGGCGGCGGCCUGGCUGCCAAGCAAUCUCUCCUGGACAAGAUAUACCGAGAGUUCUACCCGGAGCACGCCGACAGCUCCGAAACGUUCGACUGCCAGCCCGAGCUCACGGACGCGUUCGGCGCCAACUAAGCGCGCAUGUCGCAUCGACCACCUCAUUGACUUUCAUUGACUACUCUUCUACUACCAGACGCUAAAUUGACGUGAGAUGACCAGUAUGAACUAUCAUUUCAUUAAACUAAAAGUGACGACAAAUUAGAAUUUUGUCAAUAAAGAGUACUAUCGUACAGUAUGGCCACUCCCUCUCCCCGCUGAAAGUUACUGCUUAUUUCAUAAUACAAUUUUGAUCGCCGAAAUACGAUAACAUUGUGCCGUCACUCUCAUAUUAAUUGCAAAUGAAGUUUGGGAGUUAAAAAUCACGUAGUUGAAAGAUGUAUGUACUUUUCUCACCGUGAUUUCUAACUACCACUUUUAUUUGCACGUACCGAAGUCAAUUUUUAUUAAUAUAUUUCUGAUUAGUUUGUUGUGAACAAGUCAAUCAAGGUAGUCGAUGCGAUUAUACGAGAUGACUUCAAGCGGCCGACUAAGAGUACUGUGCAACAAGUCAUCUACAUUUUUCAUACUUUUGACACUCAACUUCAGACAUUUGUUCCACAGGCCUCUUGGGCAGCCCGGUUAGACAGAAUUGCACACUAUCUCACUUCAGUACUAGUUAUCAAUUCUAUCUAAAAGUUUAAUUCCGGGAAAUUUUAUUAGCGUACCUAAUAUUGAAAACAAAUCAAUAAUGGCUACAUUUCUUUCUUGAAAAAUAUUGGAAUACGUUGCCAUGUUUAUUGACCGUUAUUUUGACUCAAAAAUAUUCAGGGAUUCGAUGAUAGUGUAUGAUUUUGUUCUACUUAUGUACAUGAAAAUCCACGCUAUCCGAAUUUCUGUUGAGAUUGUCCUUGAUUUCGCCAGCUUUGUACAAAAUCUGCAUCGUGUGACCAUAGAGUAAAAUAGAGUUAAGAUUGUCUGUGGUAGUCUAGCGCGGCAAUCUCAACAUGGUUUGGUACACAUGCUAAUAAAACAUUAUCCAGAGAUAAUGGGUCUACGAAACUGGGUAUGGUCACCAAGCAUCUAAAAGACAGGGAGUUUCUUAACACGUUUUGCGAGACUAAAACUACUAACAUUUACACAUUUUUGAAGUUACGUAGACUUGAAGUGUCUCUGGUGUCGUAUGUGUAACGCUAUGUAAUACUCUAGCCCUCUGUUAUGGAACCGGCACCAUUGAGUCAUAGACUAAAUUGUUUUUGUUUACUUCUAAAUGUUUAGUGUAUAAAUAGGUCUGUCGUUCGCCGUUCCAUAGCAGAUUCAUUGUUUACCUGAAUGUAAAUGUUGUGUGGCACAAAUUUCCGUUUCACCUUACCGCAGUAGGGAGCCAGCGAAACCUUAUUAUUAUUUACUCGCGUCUUUAUUUCGUAGUUUAGUUAUCGUUUUCGUGUUACUUUUGGCCAUUCAUAAAUGUCAUAAUACUAGAUGUGUAAUGGAUUCGAGUAAUAUGCGUAUACAACCGUCUGCACAUGUUUAUCUGUAAACCUCGUUGUUUUGUGUUGUCCGAGAUAUUGAUUACGUAAUGAUUUGGCAGUUGAUCAAACUGUAUCAUUUCUUAUACCAAUAUCUAACAAUAACUUUUUCAAGUUGUUUUCAUUCGAAAGCCUAAAAACUUUUAACGAUUAAAUGUAUUCAAAUAAAAUUAUCAAUGGAAACAUAAUAAACUAACUUUUUGUAUAUAAUUUCUGUAUUUCAACUACAUAGUCAUUGUCCAAAAUAUUAAAGUCAUUUUAGAUGUUAUCUUAUGGGAUUUGGAUUAGGGUAAUAGUGUUUGGGUUAUAUUCCACGGAGCUGUACUUCAGUUUCUAUCGUGUUAUGAAAUAAAAUUGUAGAUUUAAUUUUUGCUUUUAAAUUUUUCUUUUAUUAUGCGUCACUAGAAUGUUUUUCCUUUUUAUUUGAUAACUUUGGAUUGCUUUGCGAAUGCUUCGUACUUAGAAAAUUACUAAUAAAAUGUAUUUGGUUACUCUUGAUGUUUAGGUAUUCACUAUGACCGUACAAAAUGUGAAAUGUCAAAAAUGUAGAACGAGAGCCGAAUAUAACAUUAUAAUAAAACUGUUACCAAAUUAAAAACAUAAUAGCGGUCUUAUUAUGACAAAGAGUUUAUUUCUUUUCCUCUUGUAAAUAAAAGAGAUAAUCGAGAAAAUACUUUUGUACCUGUUCGAGAGGUUCAUUAGAGUGUAACUAAAUAGUUUUUACGGAACAAAUUUAUAUGGGCGGUGUCUACCGAAGCUUAGAUGCUGUCUACUAUCACGCUGUACUAAGAGUUGUACACUCGCUCACAGACGAGAAUCCCACUUCUGAAGUCAUAUCUGUUGUUGGGUAAAAACAAUGUUCUUGGAACGGGAUCGUCUUUUGUUUCGAUGAGCCUAUGAUUCUGAUCGCCUGUUAGCGAGUGCUAUAUCAAUUAUCUAAUUGGAAAACUUCCAUUAAAAUUGGUCUUUCAAACCAAAUUAGAUCUUAGCCCUUAUAAUUGAUAAAGGAAAUUUAAAGAAUGACAUAAACGGCAGUAGGCCCACUUUGGUUUGACAGACUAUAAUAGUAACAUAGCGCGUAACAAGCAAGCAUCUUGUGUCCUAGUGUAUUAACUACAAGAUAAUUAUUGGUGGUAGCAAAAAGCUGUGAUCAAAGUUUUAUUGGCUCAUAAUUUUAUAUUCCGGUUAUGUUAUGUAAUUAACUGUUAGGUCCACAGACUUAGAGGGACUAAGCGACGUAAGUGUUAAAAUAACAAUUUUGUGUACAUUCAGAUUUGAACCUGUAUUUCAGUAAGUAUAAAUUCAAAUGUCUAUAUCAUAAGGAAUAUUUAUCCAA